AUGCGACAGCAGCAGCAGGAUGGACCCUCAGAUGCCACACUUGAGGCCGCGCCUGCCCAGCAGCAGCAGCAGCAGCCGCAGCAGCAGCAGCAGCAGCCCGUCGCAUCGACGAGCAGCGGCGGCGGCAAUGGCCUCCUCGCCGGCGGCGCCGUGGCCAUGGGUGUGGUGGUUUUCGCCGCCUCCCGGCUGCUCGCGGGAGGGCCGUCCCUGGCCGCACUGGAGAGUGAGGCGGUGCCCCUGGACGUCGCUCUGAGCAACGGGCGGCCCACGCUCGUUGAGUUUUAUGCCUCAUGGUGUGACGUGUGCCGCGCCCUGGUGCCGGCCGAGGUCGAGCUGGAGCGCGCCUACAAGGACCGCGUCAAUUUUGUGAUGCUCAACGUAGACAAUGCAAAAUGGGCGCCAGAGGUGAUGGACUACGGCGUCAACGGCAUCCCCCACUUUGUGUUCCUGGGGCCGGACGGCGAGCCCCUCGCCGCCGCGGUGGGCAAGGUGCCCACGCAGGUCUUGUCAGCCAACGUGGACGCCCUGGCGGAGGGACGCGAGCUGCCCUACGCGCGCAUGAGGGGCGCCACCUCGUCCCUUCCUGCGCCGGACGCCAGCUUUGGCGGCGCCCAGAAGCUGGCCAACCCCCGCGACCACGCGUGA